AUGGAGAUGCAUUACACAACGGUUGACACAUGGUCUUGGAGUACCGACAACUUAGCGAAAGAGACCAGCACCCUCGUGGUCAAUGUUGAUCUCACUGGCAUAUUGCAAGACGCCCUCGAGCACUCAGUCGACGACUCUACGCCGCCAUGUGCUGCCCGGCAGUUCCUUCUGGACAAAGCCCGCGGAGGCUCAAGCCUAGUCAAGGUCCUCCUCCCAGUGCAGUCUGGCCAUAUUGUUCAGUCCGAUUUCCUUGAACGGCGCAUGGUUGACUGCCUGAAUGUUGCCGACGUGCGAGGCUUCAUUGCGCCAGGGCAGCAUGUUCAAGGGUGCUCUGUCGAGGCCUACGAGUCCAUGAAACUUACUGAUCUGCUUCAUCGCUGCUACGGCGCCAUUGUGGUGUCCUCAUCUUCUACUGGGGACAACUCGACAGCGGUCAACGAGGAAUUGGUCAAGCGCCUGUCUUUUGACUGGCUCUCACCCAAACCCAUAACCCGGAAGCGGCUGGUAUUCAUUGGCGGGGCGUCCCAAUUCAAAUUUCAGGGCUUUGCUAUCGCGGCUGCCUCGUUGAACGUUGGUCUUGUCGUGUUGGACGAGCCAAAUCAGUGGAUUGCUUCUGACUCAUAUGCUCAUCUUCGCGAAGAGUUUGUGCCGUUCGACAUGACACCAGACGCCAGUAUGGCCAGGCGCAUCACGGAGGCGGUGGCCCAAAAGCAGAACGCAAGCUAUAAUGGCAAAUCUUUCGAUGGCAUCAUGACACUCGACGAGCACCUGUUGACCAUUGUCUCUCACGCGGCUACGUUGCUGGGGCUUCCGACGUCGUCCCCGGAGUCGAUCGGCCUGGCGCAGAACAAAUUCCAAACACGCCAACUCGACGCCAACGUCUUCUGUCGCCUCGUCCGGUCGGUCGCCGAUUUGGAGAAGCUCCUCGUCGAGGAAGGGCCGCGGAUCCUGUAUCCCCUCAUCGUCAAGCCCAGUAAAGGCUGGUCGUCCGAGGGCGUCUGGAAGGUGGCAGACGAGCAGCAGCUGCGGAUCAGAGUCGCCAUGCUGUGGCAAGACGCCUUCACCGCCUGGCACGGCCACGACAUUGUCAUCGAGACCUACGUUGAUGGCCCUGAGGUUGACGCCAAUAUGGUGCUGGUGAACGGCGAGAUUGUCUUUUUCGAGGCGAACGACGACUUUCCCAGCCCCGGGGACUACGACGACGGCAAAGCCAAGGUCGAGUCAGGCCCCGUGCCUAACUUUGUCGAGACGGGGAACAUGCUACCGUCGGCUCUCGCGCCCUGCGAGCUGGAGGCUCUUCAACAGCGACUGCACGAGCUGGUUCUUUCCGCCGGCUUCCGAGACGGCAUUCUGCACAUUGAGGCUAGGCUUCGCAACUCGAGCAGCCAUUACGCCACGGAUAAUAGUGCCUCCGGGUCCAACGGCUUCGUCGACUUACGACGCAACACGGCGACGACGUCAACAGCGAAGCCAGAGGAUGUUUUCCUCCUCGAGAUAAACCCUCGCCAGCCAGGCUGGUUCGAGAUAAAUGCUACAGAACACACGUAUGGCGUCUCAUACUACAGCCUGGCGGUCCUGCACGCCUUGGCAGACAGAAAUCGCAUCGUGACACUGUCCCAGCCCUUUUUAGGAGGGGCCCAAUACCAUAUGCAGCUACUGGUGGUCUCCGCCCAGAAGGGCGGCAUUUACCAGUCGGGUGAUGUCUGCUCUGCCGUCAUAGAUCAAGCAGAGCAUUUGCGUGCCCAUGUCGUCCAAUGCGCGAAUCUAAUGGCCGAGGGGCAAAUAGUUCCUGAUCCUAGGACCGGUAUGGUAUUUGGCAACUUUAUCGCCUUUUUCUUGAUAGUCUCACGGACCAGCCGGAGUGAGGCCUUGAGGGUAGGACACGAGAUUGAGCAGCUAGUCAGAGUGUACACGGGUGGUUUCUGA